GAGUGGCGAGCCUCAGAAGAGCAGUGGUCGGUCCCCACUUCGCCAGUGUGUGUUGGACCGCGCCCCGAGCCGGUUGUCUCAAUGACGCGAUGCCCGACAACGAGACCACGGACGACUACAGCGCGAGGCCCACGGCGACCGUCUCCAGCCUCGACUCAACGGAACUUUUAAUAUGCAAAUCGCCUCAAGACGAAAUAAAGAAACCCAAAAAAUCAGUAAAAGAAAGUGUGUCUUCGAAGAGCGUGGAAGCGGGCAGUGGUGUGCAUAGUGGCAGGAAGCUAGUUGUGUUUCUGGGAUUGGGGCAGGUCGUGCUAGGUGCUUUGCUAGUUGGUGCUGGAGCCUUCGCCGUAGUGAAGGGCGCCGCCCUGUCCAGGGUAGGAGCCGGACUGUGGGCGGGAUGCGUGGCAGUCGUCUCAGGAGUUGUGGGAGUACUAGCCGGCAUCAACGAUUGCUAUGGAUUGCAUGUCGCUAAGAGCGGGAGUCCGUUACUGACGGCUUUUUUGGCGUUGUCCUUGCUGUGCUUAGCAUGCGGCAACAGUGCUGCAGUGCUAGCGGCCACUGGGCUACAACGCGACACGAUGCGAGCACAGCCCGUGGAACCCGCUAGCUUUGAGGAUGAAAUGCAAGCAUGGACGCCAGUUCUGACCAACAUAGCGUUGCUGAUCAUCGCAACAGCACACUGUUUGAUCAGCAUCGUCAGUAUCUACCACUUGUCUAAGAGGAUAUGUCCCUGCUUCCGCCCGAAGCAACCCUUCGACCAUAACCAAUUCGAUCCCACUUUUAAAGGAGGUCAGCCGUUUGUGGUUACAGUAGACGAAGCCAAAAAGACUCAAGACGUGGAGAGAAAUAAGAACCACGAACUAUGUAAGGAGUUGGAGAUAAAACUUCAGGGAGAGACAUUAAAGAAAAAGAAGGACGAGACUCAGGAGUUUGGGAGUGCGAACAGCAAAGAGAAAUUGGUGACGCACUGGCUGGGUCAAGGAGCAGCGACGACGGGGCGGACACGACACGGCGUUCGCAAACAGAGAAACAAACACCCCCCCGUGGUCCUCCUGCCUGCCCACCCCGCCAGCACCCUGGGUCGAGUGCCUGCGUGUGUGAUGGUGCCACAACGUUACGCCACCCUCCCUCUGCCACCAGCGCCGUACCCUCACCACCGACCGGUCUAUUAUCCCGUCCACGACACUCGCGUCCGACGCCGCCGCUCGCCUCGCUCCGGGGAGCGACGGCGCCGCGAGCGACAGCGCGACUCCCAGCUGCGACGCUCGCUCGAGAGGAUACACCGCAAGCGACGCGCCGACCGUGACGUCACCGAUGCCGACCUCAAACGUACUUAUACAGGACUCGACAGGGCAUACGCUGAGCAGUUCAUAGCGGUUUGCGACGAGAGUAGACACGCGGCAGAACAGCACGACUCCCUGCCCACAUCCCACACCAGCAACUCUAGCAACGCCCAAGAGAAUUGAGUACACGUACUCAUCUAAUAUUUUAACUUCAAACAUAUUACAUAGCAGAGGCGGAUUGUCCGUAAGGCAAACUAGGCAUAUGCCUAGGGGCGUGUGAGUGACAAGGGGCGCGCGAGCUCAGAUUUUUUAAGUAAAUAAGUAAAAUAACAUAUCGACUAUUAAGAACUAAAUGCUGAUCUAUAAUCUAAAUCUAUAAUAGAUUAUAUUGCACAAGCAUCGAUAUAGUCGUAUUAUGGAAUAUUGCGGGUUUGUUUGUAUUUCAUUCGCGCAUUAGCGUAAGUAGAAGGGUCCUAGUCUACUAAAGUCUAGGGUUUGAGGAUACAACGUCAUCGUAAUUGCAAAAACAACUAGUUAAAAUUGAUAGUAUUAUGAUGACAAUUUAUGGUCGGUAAGGGGGCGCCGAUAAAGUGAUUGCCUAGGGCGCUCUGGACCUUUAAUCCGCCGCUGUUACAUAGUGUACCUAAUGUUGGUUUGAUUAUUUUAUUAUUACACGUAAUACCUAACUAAAGCAACGUAAACUAUAAACACUCAUGUAUAUAGUUAAACACUUGUAGCUUUUAUAACUUAACAUCAGUGAGUGCUUCCGCGCCCGCGUGAGUGUUUAAAGCAUUAGAAAAACAAAAAUUUACUUGUGUUAAUCAACAGCAGUGUUCAACAACAGCAACAAUAGGUAUGUUUUCUGUCUAUACUUUUAAAGACACACCUUCCGAGCCUCUACCAUUUCUCGCAAUUCUAUUAUGUAUCACUUUUUAUUUUAAAACACUUCGUGUACUUACAAACAUAAUAAGGGAAAUGUCAUUGAUCGAUGACAGUUUAUCUCAAACUAUAAAGAAUUUUCUAGAAUGUUUGUUAAAGGCAAUGCCUUAAACCAACUGGUACCAAUAUAAUUGAGGGAAUCGUAGGCUGCUCUAAGUAUAGCUAACUUUAUUUUUGUUCAAAUGGUGCUACUAUAAAUAAAAAUAUACAUUUUAUAACGAAUGUAUUCCUUAAAUGUACAGUAAUUUAAUUAUCAGCACUGAAUCGUCGUUAAGCACUAUAUUAAUUAUCCAUUUUACAACUAGUUUAACGAUAUCGCACGUGCCACGCUUCGGAAUGGAUUUCUUUGUAAAUAAAAACAUAAAAAUUAAAUCACAAAACAUUAUCGCUCAAAUAACCUCCUGAGCCGGCGAUAUGUCGAACUAUUUUUUAACAAAAAAAAAGUUAAAUGAGACGUAUUACAUUAAAUAAACUAAUACAACACAUAUUCAUACUGGAUUAUAAAAAAAAUAUCUUUCAUUUUACUUAUUAAAAUAAUCAUAAUUACAUGUAAAGUAGGAUUGUUAUUUUUUUUAUUAUACAUGAAAAUAUAAUGUUAUAGACUCACUCAACUAAGGUUAGUGUUUAAUAUUAUUAAAGAAAGACUUAAUUAAUAAGUAGAAUAGGUAAUAAGCGGGGCCUUGAAAUACUCAUGGUGACUAACGCACGUAAUGUGUCUUCAUAAUAGUAAUAUGUACUAAUUUUUUUAGUUAUUUUACGAAAAUAUUAUACUGUUUCUAUGUUUUCAAGGUGAAUUUUUCACUUUUAGGACACUACAUUCAACCGAGUUAUAAACACUCUUAGAAAAUAAUAUUAUUUUCGCAAAAAGAUUCAAAUAUUCUCGGUCUUUUCAACGUAAUAUUCUAUUAUUAACUUUUUUAGUGUUUAAUAUUUUCAUAAUAAAACGACUAACAAUAAAAUUUAUAGACAAUCAAAAAAAAAUAUUCGUCAAAUAUCUGUGUUAUAUGAACUACUUACUUGUUAUAUUUAAGAUUUUACACUUAGUUCUAUAUUCUUUCCAGUUGUUACUACAUAGGUAGGUCACCAAUAUCCCCUCUUUUGCUACUGCGAAGCAGACUAGUUCUGGUGUAAGUGAUGUGACAGCCUUGCACGCUUUUGGGAACGACACUUGAGAUUCUGACCUCAUGUCUCAAGAUGACGUCACUCACCAGUUGGAUCGUCAGUCCGUGUACCCACCUAGAACAACUAGGACGUAAACUGCAUACUGGUGAUAGGACCUCUUGUGAGUCCGCACGGGUAGGUACCACCACCCUGCCUAUUUCUGCCGUGAAGCAGUAAUGCGUUUCGGCUUGAAGCCAAAAUAAAACUUAGAAAUCAUAUCUCAAAGAGGGCUGUUACCUACUUUUAGAUUGCUGAAGUCAAUGGGUUGUGAUAGCCCAUUAACAUCAAGUGAUCCAUGAGCUACAUCCAAUUAAGCAAUAUUUUUUUGAGGUUUAUACAUAACUCUAUAUCCACCUAUACUUACCUUAACUAUUUUAAUAUAGAUUAGAUUACUUAUUACGUAUUGUACACAAGACACCUUGUAUAGUCCUAUGUACCUAACUGGUGCCAAAUUAUAUGAAGAAUCUGCUUGUAAAUAUAUGUUCAAAAUUUUUGCUCAAUUCAAUUCUAUUUUUAGUUGUUAUUAUUUGUUAAUUUAGUCUGUAAUUCUUAUUCCAUUUAUCUUAUAAUUUAACUUAAUUGGAUCAAAAUUUUAUUUAAAAUUUAUAUAAACAGUUAUCAUAUUUUGUAUUUUGAGGAAUAAUUCUAAUUAUGUAAGAUUCUGUUCAUUAGUAUAGUUGUUAAAGUUUUUGUAUAAUAUUCUAGACUAUAGGUAUUUAUUGGUACUUUAGACUAUGACAUUUUUUAGUUUAUCAUUCAAUCAAAUCCUCAGAUUUAGCAAAAACUUUACUCACAUAAAAUAAAUAAACAAAUAUUUACUAACGAUCACGCCACAUUAACUGGUCCCGUGCUAAGUUCGUAAAGAACUUGUGUUACAGGUACCAAAUAACGGAAAUAAAUGUAAGAUUUUUAUUAUACACACACAUAUAUUUAAUAUACAUCCAUAACCCUGGAAAAGACAUUUUUUUUUAUAUUUAUCAUACAAAUAUCUUCCCUUGGCGGGAUUCGAACCCGCGACCCCCUUGUGUAGUGACCAUGUCACUUACCACUACACCAGACAGCCGUUUGUCAAUGUAUUGUAAUUUAUUUAUUUUACAGUAAAAUAAGAACCAUUAAUUAUGUAUGUGCAUCAUUUAUUCAUCGCUAAUUCCGUUUUAUUGCAAUACAUAAAGAUUUUCUAUUUUUACUUUUACCACACAUUUAUUUUAUGAAAUUAUAAAAUUUGUACAUGCAAACUUUUUCAUUUAGGUAGGGACUUUUAAAUAAAUUUGAUUAUUGUCACUAAAUUUCAUCAUUAUUUGGUCAGAUUUUUAAUAAAUGAAUGUAUUAUUUUGAGAAAUGUACUUACCGCUUAUAUAGUAUGUUGUUUAUUUUUGAUAAUCUGAUUAAAAUAUAUUUUUGUUCACAUCAUUCAUUUAUUAUUAUUACUGAAAAUGACCCUUAGCGGGUCGGUUACAUAAAGUUAUUGUUGUUGUCAUUGUAAAUUUUCACUGCUUUUUCAUUGUACAUUGACCAUAUACAUAUAUCUAACACACGUCCAUAAUUUCAUUCAUUAUUUCACAUUGUCAAAAUUCUAGUUUAGGAGGUAUAGCUUCUAAUAAAAACAAAAAUUAUACGUGAAUUAAAAUAAUAAAUGUAUUUAAAUAAGUUUUCUUGUCAAAACCAAUAGAUACAAUGUAUGUCUUAUUGCUUAGAGAUCAUCGUUUAUCGAAUUUAAGUAUUUAGGGAGUAGGUAACACAAUAUAUAGCACAUGAACCUGGUGAGCAUAAGACACGGAAUGUCUAAUUAAUUCCCGUACCUACUGUUUUAUUCAAACUUAGGACCAGAGUUCUUUUAACACACCAUCGUGUAGAAUUAUAUCAAUCAUAUAAUAAUUAUAAGGUAGUUAUUUAUUCAAAUGAGAUAAAAUGUAUUUUGUAAAAAUAUAUUUUAAUAAAAACUUUUCUGUGUAAAA